UACUGAGGUAACAUAAUAUUUCUAACCUUAUAAAAACACAUUGUUUGAAUCAUUACAUAAAAUUAAACCUUUUGUCUAACAAUGGCAGGUUUCUUUCUUAAACCAAGUACUAGAGGCCAUGCUAGAUCAAUUAGCUUACCAGCAAGAUCACAUCCUACAACCCUCAAAAUUGAAGAAGAACUCAACAAACUUCGAAACCUCGAUGUUUCUUCUUCAACUUUCAUGGAGCCUAAUAAGCUCAGCAAUGCGAUUUCCGGCAUUGCUGAGCUCUAUAAAUCCAUUGGAGAUCUUCUAAAACUACCUCAAACCCAACAAGCUUUAACCAAACAUGAAGACUCUUCAUGGGUGGAUGUGCUCUUAGAGGAAUCGGUAUCAUUCCUUGAUGUUUGUGAAAACACAAGGGAAAAUCUAUUUCUUCUAAGGGAAAGCAUAGGAAAGCUUCAAUCAAACCUUAGAAUCAGAAGAAAUAAUAACAUUAAUACAGGUGAAUCAGAUAGUAUUGAAGAUGAUGUUACUAAGUAUGUUUCCUUUGUAAAGAACUUAAAAAGAGAGAUGGGUAAGUCCCUUGUUUCUUUAAAACAAAUUGACAGUAAAUUGUCUGAUUCUGUGUUGUUUAACAAGGUGAACAAUGAUCAACACCUCGUUGCAGUGGUUCGAGUUUUAAGAGAAACAAGCUCGAUUUGCAGCAUUGUUUUUAGGUCGAUUAUGGCGUAUUUUUUAGGUGCAAAUUUGCUGCCUAAGGCUAGCAAAUGGUCAUUAGUGUUAAAAUUAGUGCAUAAUAAAGGGCAAGUUGGAGAAGAUUUGAAUGGUUUGGAGGAUAUAGAGGUUGCGUUAAACAACUUAAUGGUGAAGAAAUUAAGCAGAGAAGGUAAAGAGAUGAUGAUGAUAAUUCAAGUUGCAUGUGAAAAACUUGAUGCAUUGGAUAAAAGAAUUGAAGGAUUUGAGAAGGAGCUUGAGUGUUUGUUUAGGCAAUUAAUACACACUCGAGUUUCUCUCUUGAACAUACUUUCAGAUCAUUGAUUUGAGUAAUUAGAGGGUGAUUCUUGUGAUUUAACUUUCAAUUUAUCUCUUUAGGGAUGAGUGAGUGAGUUCAUCUUUAAUUAACAGCAUCCAAAUUUUGGAGGAUCUGUUAGGAGUGUGUUUAUGAUUAUUAUGUAAGUUAUUGUAUGUGUAGAUGAAUAUGAUUAUGUACAUAGUUUCAACAAGAGGAAAUGGACUAUAAACUUUGUAUUGAUCUCA